GACAACAGCAGCAACAAAGGCAGAAGCAACAGAGGUGCAGUAAUAAUAAGAACAGACUGACUCAGGAGAGAGAGGUGGCAGCAGUAUCAUCAUAGCCAUUAGUUUCAUCCAUGUACAGAAGAUUCUGCGACCAAUGACUCUGCCAAAAUACCCUUCAAAACUAUCAACACAGCCUCUCUCUCCGUGUCUCUGAAACAUCUUCCAACUUCUUCUUCAUUCCUGUUCUUGUUCUAUUUCAAAAAUGAUGAGUGCAAGUGCAAGAAAUAGGUAUCCUUUCACACCAACUCAGUGGCAAGAGCUUGAACACCAAGCUCUUAUCUUCAAAUAUAUAAUCUCAGGUAUACCUAUCCCACCCGAUCUCCUCUACAGUGUCAAAAGAAGCUUGGAGUCUUCAAUUUCUUCGAGGCUCUUCCCUCACCAUCCCGUAGGCUGGGCAUGUUUUGAGAUGGGAUUUGGCAGAAAGGUAGACCCUGAGCCAGGGAGGUGUAGAAGAACAGACGGGAAGAAGUGGAGGUGCUCAAAGGAAGCAUACCCAGAUUCCAAGUACUGUGAGAGACACAUGCACAGAGGCAGAAACCGUUCAAGAAAGCCUGUGGAAGUUACAUCAUCUGCAGCAACAAUUACCACAAACCUUUCACCACCCAUCUCUUCAAUCAACACAAACCUUUCCACAACCUCUUCUUUCUCUGUCUCUCCACUUUCUUCUUCUGUGAUGUCUGAGACCCAUCCCCAUCCCCAUCGUCAUCCUUACCAUGAGACCACUCUUUAUCCCUUCCUUUACUCACCCUCCUCUUCUAGACCUCCUGUUUCUGGUUUUUUACCUCAAAAUAACACCACCCAUCAACUGUUUUUGGACUCUGGAUCUUAUCCUCUGGCUGAUAAAGAUUACAGGGAGGGAAUGGAUGAGAGAAUUUUUCUCCCAGAAGCUUCAGGGACUGCCAGGAGCCUGCCUGAUUCAUAUCAGAGAUUAACAAUGGGUUCCCAUAAAGGUUACUCCCGCACACAGUUUCAAAGCCUUACUGAUAGUACAGAGCAACAAGAACAACGUUGCUUUGUUCUGGGUUCUGAUUUCAAGUCGCCAGGAGAAAUUAAAAGUGAGAAAAAAGCUGAAAUCCACAAGCCACUGCACCAAUUUUUUGGAGAAUGGCCACCAAAGAACACAGACUCCUGGCUUGAUCUUGCUUCCAAUUCUAGAGUCCCUGCUGAUGAUUGAAAUCUCAAUACUGGCCAAUAAAGUCCUCGUUGGUGGGUCAAUACCUCCAGGGCUAGGGGAGCUUUUUUUUGCUAAAGUUGUUGAUGCAUGAUAUAGGGUGACAGGAGGAUUGGUGUCUUUUGCUUUCUUGGUACAUAUUUUAUUCUUCCUCUCCCCCUAAAGAAACAUGUUUGGGAUUUGUAGGCUUGCCUGUUUUAGUGGAAGCAUCUUGAUAUCCUUUGGGGUCCUAAAUUCUACAUGUGGUUGUACUGCUUAUACCAGUUCAUAUGCUUGGACCCAUCAAAUAACAUGAGCAAUGACUUGGCUCAAAUACCACUAAAUUCUAAGGGUUUGCUCAUUCAAUUAUCUCUCUGAGACAGCUUUUAAUACUUACUCCAAUCUGCUGCUAUUGUUUUGAUCAGC